AUGCCCGGGAUGCUUACAAGGUCGAAAUCGCUGAGGUUUCUGAGAAACAAUCGCAGGGAGGCCACGGAGCAAGACAAUGGGGACUCAAUGCCGCCCGUUAAGGGUCCUCAAACAGACUUUGACAAAUACAAGGGAACAACUUCUGAUUCGAGGACUGAGGGAAAUCUAGGAGUUCCGGAUACGGCAAAGCGACCAAGCACAUCAGGCGGACCUGGUGAGCGUCUACCCAUGUUCCAUAAGAAAACAAAUCCUGUAGCAUCGAUCUAUUCUCAGGAUCAUAUCCACUCCUUUCAAUCGCCUACCACUUCCACAACUGUACUCUACAGCCCGGACGCCACGAAAGAGCAGGGAGUCAUUGGAAUCGCUCUUGGUUCGCCUACCUCAAGCUCACACUGGAAAGCGGCAUCUCAGGUGGCGAUAUCAACAGUAGAUCCCAAGUUUCCCGAUUCUUCAAUGGCGAUGUUAAGCCAACCCAACGAUUCCUCAGUUUCCUUGGCCAGCCGCCCGGAAGCACCAAAAUCUAAACUCAGUCGAUGGAAGUCGUUAUUCCGUAAAGCGCCUCCACCUCCAGUGGAAAAGCCCUCAUUCUAUCAGCUGGCGCAGACCGUUGCUGCAGCACCUCGAGCAGACAGCCACCAUGAUGACGAAGUACUCGAACCUCAGGCACCUCAGGCAUCUCAACCGGAGGAAAUGGAGAGGGAGAAACUGCGAAGUGUGUCCCCGCCUACCUAUCGACCCAACAUCCGAGCAUCACGCAAGUGGUCACCUGGGGAGUUUGUUCCGCCUCAAUCGCCACCAGAGACGUCUGCGACAAGGGAACGGGCAUUAACGCUCGGAAGUGUCCCAUCACAUGGACCUAAACAGUCCAUUCAACGAGCUUUUACAACACCGGAUCUAGGAGCACGAGACAUUUUAGUCGACGCCCCCCCACCUGUGCCAAAGGUUGAAGUGUCGAAAACAGGUCCCACCACGUCUGUAGACGACGGGGGGCCUCUUCUUGAUGUCAGUCUUCCAGACAUAACGAUGGAGAGAUACAGUGUUAUGUUCGGAAAUCUUUUGCAGUCAGACCCGAGCCGGUCAUCGCUCUUGGCACGGCGACAAGGCAAUGCUGAGAAGGUCAAGCCACUGCAGGAGCUGUCCGCAAAGGUGUGUACUCACAGCUUGAGCUACGUUGGAUGUCAGCUAAUAGCACAGCAGGGCAAUGAAAACGACGAAAGUCCUGUAGAUUACAGCCUUCACCGCAGUGUAACAUCGCCCACUCCAGUGUCUGGUUCACCCCGACUCUCGCUGUUCCCUUCCACCAACUCAAACCGCGCACCAUCACCUCUUUCCGGAUCGAUCAUGAACCGCAGCAGGAAGGAUCUCAAGCGAUCUAAAACAAUGCCUACGAAGUCUCCACUUCAGCAAACCUUCGCCCAAGAUGCAGAGACUCCGACGGUACAUAUUGAUUCUACAAAACUGAAGCCUGCCGCAUCUCCGUACCUGAAGCCAUCAUUGACCCCUACUUCGAUCCGCAGCUUCGAAUCCGAGGCCGAAUCAAUCACGAUUAUAGUUGCUCAGGCAUCACCUGGUCAUUCCAAACCCAUCAAGUUACGCCUCGAUGAGCGAGAGCCCGAGUGGGAGAUUUGCUCCAAGCCUGGCAAGACUGCAAGAAGCGAGAACCUUAUGGUCAACAGUGUGUCAGAUUCCCUACUCUCCCGCUCUCCUUCGCAGAAGCAGCCAAGAGUCACAAAACUCAGUGCGCUCUCAUCACACCCGGCUUCAGCUCCCCUCGACGCACCUUCGCCUCUACAACGAUUGCAAAGUUUGUCAACUCCGCCACAUUCGGCCAGCAGACUUGGUGAGAAGCGUGCAGAGAUUCAAGCGAGAAGAAGGGAAGGAAGGACGGAAGAAGUCGCUACGGCGAAAGCCAUGGUCGGCGUUGCGAGGAGUGUAUCUGUCAGCAGAGCAAACAGCCCGAGAGCUGUGGUUCGUACCAUGACAAGUCCGCAUGAGGAUCGUGUUGUGGAUCGAUUGGCUCUGACCCCUACGAUGGUGGAAGUCAGGAACCGAAAGAGCCAGAGAGUGCAACUUGAGGAUGCUUAG